CCACUGUGCCGCCACUUAAACAGACUCGACGAGGGUCUAGGCAGGCUUUAACUUGAGCUGUUUCCGACGAGCAAUGGGGAAGCCAAAGCUCUUCUCCAUCGUAUCCAUGGACGGCGGCAUGCGCCACCACCAGCUCGAAGCCGCAGCAUGCCAAAGCCAGAGUCUUCGUCCUCCCCCUACCGGCGCCAGUAGUCCCUGCGGCGUCUCCUUGGUCGCCGCCGUCGCCGUCUGCCUCUUUCUCUUGGCCGCUUCGUCGGCGAUCUACUGCUUCUGCGUCGUGAGCAACUCCUCUAAUAAGGAAAGCCUCCUCCUCAAGCUCAAAGGCAGGAUUUCCAAGGAGAAGAAGAGCCGGCGGCAUCAGGACGAUAAUGCACGACGGCCAGAGCCGCCGGGAAGGGGGAGCGGGUGGUGGUGGUCCGUCGUGGAGACGCUGGCCUUCGUGGCCGCCAACGGCAGCGGCAGGGGCUUCUACAGCUUCGUGCACGCGCGCCACCGCCGGCACGGGCCCCCCUGCUUCCGCACCGCGCUCUUCGGCGCCACCCACGUCUUCGUCUCCUCGCGCGACGCCGCCAGGUCGCUCCUCGCCGCCGAGCCCGCCGGCUUCUCCAAGCGCUACGUGCGCACCGUCGCGGACCUCCUCGGCGAGCACAGCCUCCUCUGCGCCUCCCACGCCGCGCACCGCUCCCUGCGCCGCGCCGUCGCGCCCCUCUUCAGCGCCCGUGCCACCGCGUCCUUCGCCGCCGCCUUCGACGCCCUCACGCUCCGGCUCAUGCGGGGCUGGGCCUCCUCCUCCUCGGGCGGCCGCGCCGCCGCCGCCGUCGUGGUGCUCGACGCCGCGCUCGGCGUAACCUUCGAGGCGAUCCGCGACAUGCUCGUGGCCACGCUGCCGCGCGACGCCAAGAGGCAGCUCCAGGGCGACGUGCUGGCCGUGACGCGGGCCAUGCUGGCGUUCCCGCUCAGGCUGCCGGGCACGAGGUUCCACGCGGGCCUCCGUGCGCGGAAGCGGAUCAUGGAGCUGCUCAGGCGAGAGAUCGCCUCCAGACGGCGGGACGGCUGCCUGCGGCAGCGCGGUGAUCACGGCGGCGGCGACAUGGACUUCCUGCAGAGCCUUCUCCUCCGGACCCAGCAGCAGCAACAACCGGACAACGACGACGAGGCGCUCCUCACGGACGAGAGAUCCGCACUAUGAUCCGAAAGUGGCUGAUGAAGAACCCAAAAUACUGAACGUAUCGCAACAGGGUUUCAGAUCAACAAGGGCUGGAUUGGGAACGUCGAUGCGAGGUCCCUGCACUAUGAUCCGACGAUUUACGAAAACCCCACCAUGUUUGAUCCUUGGAGGUUCAACGGGGAGGACAAGAAGCCGCCGUACAGCUUCCUGGUGUUCGGAGCAGGCGGGAGAACCUGCUUGGGGAUGAACCUCGCCAAGAUCAUGAUGCUCAUCUUUCUGCACCGGCUUGUUACGACCUUCAGAUGGGAGAUAGCAGACGAGGACACAAGCCUUGAGAAGUGGGCAAUGUUUCCUAGGCUCAAGAACGGAUGCCCCAUUCACCUCACCCCCAUAUGAAUAUAUGAUGAACCAUGGAUCAGAUCGGAUCGGACAAUAACUUGGGGGUAGGAAUGAAUCUCCUGUAAGGUUUUAUUAAUUUAUUUCUCAUAUAUGGCCUAGCUAGUGGAUCAGCAUCACUCAUCAGACUGUGUUAGAGUCGCGCUCCUGGGAUCAAUGAAGAAAGCCAAGCACACUAACUCUGUAUGGGAAAGAAUGGCAUGCUCAUGUUUCAUACUCCUAAAUGCUCCCAUUCAAUAAUACAAGGAAUUUCUUUGUUUCAACCUAGUCUUGAAGUUGAUUAAGAUUUUGGCCAUCAUUAAUUCCGUUUGCAUAUAUGUUUCACUAAACUGCAUUUGCAUGGUGAGCAGACUUUAGUUCCUGAUGUCAACAUCUAAUUUGGAACUGCAUUGGAUAGUUCAUUAGUUUGUGCUUAUUUGGGAGGAAUUUGAAGGCGGAUGGACGGAGGAGGAGGAGCACGAAGGGGAUCGAAUGUCUGUGCUGUUGGCCUGACGGGAAAGGAGAGUCGUUUUUGUUGUAGUGGGCCCCACCAUCCAAGCUUGCACAUUGCAAUCGCUCUGUUCGUCUGGCUGUGGCUGGUGUUGAUUUAUUAUAAGAAAAAAGUACUGUUGUCUGAC